AUGGAGACCCAAGCGAGGCUGUGCUGUGCCGUGGCACCCGACAAGACGAGAAGGGAUCGCUGGGGACAGUUCGGUGACGCCCGUUCGGCAACUGCGGAACUCACUGUCUUGGAGGUCGAGGAUGUGACCCACACCCCAGAAAAAGUUAAGGAAAACGCCAAGCGAGGGUUGCAGGAUGCCGCAUUCUGUGACGGUACGGAGUAUUGCCAUGGAAGAAAUGACCUGGCAGAGAUGAGGCCCUCAGCUAUGGUCAGCGGCGGCCUCGACCCCUCACUUCUUGCUUGCUGA